AUGCCUGGAAUGAAGAGAACCAUGAGCAGUGAAUGUUUGCUACCUUAUUACACUGCUCACAGUUACCGGUCCAUGGGCGUGUUCAACACCUCCAUGGGAAACCUACAACGGCAGCUGUACAAGGGAGGAGAGUACGAUAUUUUUAAGUAUGCACCAAUGUUUGAGAGCGACUUUAUCCAGAUUAGCAAAAAGGGAGAGGUGAUUGACGUUCACAACCGCGUCCGAAUGGUGACUGUGUGCAUCGCAUCGACCAGCCCGGUCCUUCCGCUACCUGACGUCAUGCUGCUGGCCCGACCAGCUAAAGUCUGUGAAGAACAUGCCAGGCGGGCCCGGUUCAUCAAGGGGAGAGGUUACAAGCCUUCCAAGACCUUAGAGCUCACCAGGCUGCUUCCUUUGAAGUUCGUCAAGAUCUCCAUUCAUGAUCACGAGAAGCAGCAGUUACGCCUGAAGCUUGCCACUGGCCGAACUUUUUACCUGCAGCUGUGUCCCUCCUCUGACGCAAGGGAAGACCUCUUUUGUUACUGGGAAAAGCUUGUCUACCUCCUCAGACCACCAGUGAACAGUUGCAUCAGUAACCCAUCCAUUCCCACUGCAGACACAAGCAUUGAAACCAAAAGCACACUCGUCUCAGAAAUCCAUGGAGAAGGGGAUCAAGAUUCUAAGUUUCAAACAUCCCAAGAUGUGUCAGAAGCCACUUCUGCUGCAUUUGCAGGAGGAGAGAGAACACAACCGAAUAUCGCAGCCAUUCUUACUACAGGACUUGCCAAAGCAAGGGCGGCAGGGGCAGCAGCGGGGACAGGGGCUGCAGGGACAGCAGGGGCAACAGGAGCAGCAGGGUCAGCAAGGGCAGGAGGAGGAGCAGGGUCAGCAAGGGCAGGAGGAGGAGGAGGGUCAGCAAGGGUGGCAGGGGCAACAGGGUCAGCAAGGGCGGCAGGGGCAACAGGGUCAGCAAGGGCGGCAGGUGGCAACACAGCCACAGCAGUAAUGACCCCCCUGGCAGGCUUGGCAAGAGCAGGGACACCUACAAGCCCAGUCUCAGGUGUUAUAAGCAUAGCAGCAACAACAAGCAAGUCUCCAGGUUCGGGCCAGGUAGCCACCGGUUUGACAGGAACGGCCUCCAAAGAUCAAGAAAGAAGUGAGUCCAGCAAGGCCAUGGCAGUUGUUGCAAACCUAACCACAGAAAGUGUGGACGUGGUCUUGGCAGGAGCUGCCAGUUAUACUUCGGAGUCCCCUUCUGCAGAGGUUGAUGCUUAUGGCUCCCCAGACACUGGCCUGAAUGUGGCAUUUGCAGGCAGCAUGACAACCAAGGGGCCUGCUGAGGAUAAACCUGAAGCUCCCCUAGUGUCAACCUUGCAGAGUGAAGGCUACAUGUGUGAACGGGAUGGGAGCCAGAAGGUGACUCACACCGGCUCUGAAGCACAGAAGGAGAAGAGAGAGAGACGAGAACCGGACAGAAAGGGUAGCAGGAAAAGCUCUCACCACCAAAGGACCGGAGCAAGUCGCCACAGUUCAAGCAAGGAUAAGGGCCGGAAAACAUCUUCCUACCGGUCUGUAUCUGGCCACGGGAAAACAAGAGAAGACAAAAAUGAGAAAGGGCGUGGCAGCUUAAGGGACCAGAGACACAGCUCCUCUUACAGAAGUGAGUCCAGGACUGGUCACAAAUCCAGGAAGAACCGACCAGCAGCUAGUGGGGGGUUUGUGAGUAAGAGAGCCACUAAGAUCAGAUCUUUUUUCAGGGCCUUCCUAGUAAGGCCUACUUUAAAAACAGAGAACACCCCAGGUGAAAGAGGAGGGGUAGAUAUUGUGACGAAGUUGGUGGAGAAGCAAGACAUAGAGACAACGGUGGAGAAAAGCAAGGACUUGGAGUUCAGUGAUACUAUGGUCUCUGAGUCAAUGGAGAAGAUCAUCCUUGAAACCAAACCCAUUUAA